AUGCCAAAGGUUUCUAGUAAUAACCAAUGUGAACUUAAAGAUAAUCGAAAUAAAUCAAUUCUUGUGGCACUUAACAAAUAUAAAAAAGAUUAUUCCACUAAUCAUAAGCGCUCCAGUGUAAAUAGUCUAGCAGAAAGUUAUAACAUUCUUAGAACCACUCUUCGCCAUGUGAUUAAAAAUGAUAGUCCACCUAAUCACUCAGAAUUAUCCGAAGCUCGAGCACAAAGAGCAAAUGCGAUUAUUGUUAAAAACCAUUUUGAUAAACUCAAACAAAUAAUUGAUGAAAAUUCCCUUACCGCUAUGCAGAUUUGGAACAUGGAUGAAACCAGAUUUGUUCUUGUGCCCAAGUUGGAAAAGGUCAUCGCAAAAAAAGGUGCAUGCCAAGUUCAUAAAAUCUCGCAUGGAAAUUCACAUAAGCAUAUUUCUGUUGCCCCUACGAUUUCUGUUGCCAGGUCGUACAUUCCACCUUUAAUUAUUUAUAAAGGUGUUCGUGUAAUUUCUGGCUUGUUAAAAGGUGCACCUCCAGUAACUGUGAUGGGCUUCACAAGUACUAGUACAGGAAUAUGGCCAUUCAAUCCUGAAGCCAUUAGUUCAGACCACUUGGAUCCUUUUCUGACAACAGAGCAAUUUGACAUUGUACCUUCAUCACUUACACUACCUUCAAAUAGUCAACAACUCACGCAGUCAAAUGAGUCGCUUUCAGAAUCAUUUACCCAUUCAAAUUGCUCUCACCUUACUCAUUCAAAUGCCAUUCUAUUAGAAAAAGAAAAUGAGAUUCUUUUAAAUGAAAAUGUUCUCCUCAAAAAUGAAAAUAAAAUGCUAAAAACUCAGUUUGCAGUGCUAAAAGAAGAAUUAGAAACUUAUAAAAAUCCCAGAACAUGCUCUCUAUGUUCUGCUCUUAAGUACCCAGUUCCUCGAGUUUCGCAUGCCGAAGCCCAAAAAGAUUCUUUAAAUCCACCUGAAUCUGAGUCACCUCUUUCUAAAAAAAGAAAAACUCUUCCUUUUUGUGGCUUCUUACUUCGAAGGAAAGUUGGCAACAACUAA